CGAGCAACGGCCGAAGACAUUCCAGUUCCAUCCAGCCAUCUCAAUUACGGGUCGAACAAAUAGGAACAAUGGCUCUCCAUCUCAGCAGAGUAUUUUCUAAUCUUCUGCUCUCUCUCGCAGUCCGACUACCUUCUAGCAGCAAUCUUGUCAAGAAUCGUCUUGCUGCUUCUCUGCACCGAUUGCCGGGCACCCUCAGAGUCUUUCGGACCCUGAAGCAGUGAAUCCGAGAUGCUCCCCAAUCGUGCAGCUCCCUUACUCUUCUCAGUUUCACGAUUCAUUACUACCUGCCUCUCCUUACCUCUCAAUGAACACAUCCCUCCACCCUUGCCGGGUGUCGCACCAAGGGCAACCUAUUCGGUAGUGCCUAUAAACGGGCCGGGCGGGUCUGACGGCUCCGGAGGGUCAGGUGGGUCUGGCUCCGGCUCCGGCUCCGGAAAUCCGACGAUCGGCACGGUGACUGUCACCGUGGUGCAGACCCCUCCCCCAACAACAACAACAUCCACCCACACAGUCUUUGCGCCGCCAACAACAGAUCGCGUCACCGACACCGUCGUCGUCACAAAAACGGUCCAGAUAGUCGACAUAGUCGCGCCUCCUUCUGGGAUAACGGUUACCACAACCGUCUACGCUACUGUACCGAUACUGUCGUCGUCUGAGUCCCUUCCGCCGGGCUCAACAUUACUGUCUACUCCUGUCUCUUCGCGCUCCUCAGCAACGGAGUCGGUUGCCACAGGAUUAUCUAUCACCACUGGUCCUGUUUCUGUGCCUCUUUACACGACGUCCAGCACGACCAACAUGGGCGCGACACUAGAUGAUGGCAUUUGGCCCACAUCAUUUUCGGCGUGGAAUGGCACCGCAGGACGCCGGGCGCCUCGGCUCCGGCUUCCACCCCGGCUGGUUGCUUGAGUCGGGUAUCAAGAUUGACGCGACCACGGGCUCCCUGAAUAGUCACGAUGAGAUGACUGAAGGAUCCCGGACCCUAAUGGUUCAUCGUAUGUAUAGAGACGAAUGCUUUAAUCGAGGUGGAUGCCACGCAGCGUGGACCAAGAGCUGGAAAGCGUUGUCUGCUUUAUUAGGUUGAGGAGUCGGAUGCAUUGACGGGAGUUUGGCACUUUGGCGCAUCAUAUAUACAUACAUGUAACGGUAAUCAUAUCAACCAUUAUGUAGGUAAUAAGAGAGGACUCAUUGGAUGGAUCAUGGGUUGAAGAGAAAUGUUGCAUUCAUGCUUCACCAGUCAGUCAACUUGAGUUCCCCCUGCAGGGUGCUAUGGGCAAGCAUAAGAGAUACCAGACAACACCCGGCACAAGAACAAGAGACAUCGACCAAUACAGUUCGAAUUCGUACGUGAAG